GCCAAGGGCGAUCGGUGAAAUGAACGAGAGACAGGCGAACACCAGGAGAUUAAAUGCACUGCCCCUUGAGAAAAUUCUUGAGGACUUCUUGGUCAGCGGUGAUGGAAUUACCCCGCGGGAGAUGAUGGAACCGAACCGAAGUACCUUCGUCACUUUGCUGGCACGGUCCUCAGGGCAGGCCAUUCCUACUCGACCAGGUCAUUUUGUGGGGUACGGAAGGCCCUGGAAUGGUGCGAGGCCGGAAGUCCGGGGAUCCCGCGUUGGGCCCAGUGCCACGGACAAGCCCCUGCGGUGGGCCAUGAUUGGGUAGCGACGUGGUCGGCCGGGGGAACAAAGGAAGGCAAAAGGGAGGUAACCAAGGAACAGACACGGGAUGGCGGGGAAGGCAA